AUGGAUAAAUUAUGGAUGUCAAAGAAUAGAUUAUCGGAAGAGUAUGAAGGUGGAGUUGAUGCCUUCUUGAAGUUCGCAGUGGAGAGAGGUUGCGAUUCCAACUUCAUGUCUUGUCCUUGUACGAAGUGUGCUAACACUAGGAAGCACAAACUUAGUAUUGUAAAGGGACAUAUCAUAAUGAAUGGUAUGGACAUGACUUAUAAGCGGUGGAUAUGGCACGGGGAAGGGCUUACAUCAUCACAAUCAACAUAUGAAUCAAGUUGGGUUGGGAAGGGUGAUACAAGCUACAACGUUGAGGAGCCAAUAUCUAUGAUUCAUGAUGCGUAUGAUGCAUAUGAAGAUAAUCCAACUCACUUCCAAACUUUGCUUGAAGAUGCUGAAAGAGAUCUAUACAAUGGUUGUACCAAUUUUACCAAAUUGUCUGCCACUAUAAAACUGUACAACUUGAAGGCAAAAUACGGUUGGAGUGAUACGAGUUUCAAGGAUUUAUUGAAAUUGUUGAAGGAUAUGCUCCCUGAAGGAAAUCUGUUGCCAGAGUCUUUAUACGCAGCAAAGAAGACCUUAAGCACGCUAGGGUUAGAUUACAAGAAGAUUCACGCUUGUCCCAACGACUGCAUUCUGUACCGGAAAGAGUUUAAGGAUGCAAAUGAUUGCCCUACAUGUGGGAUGUCGAGAUGGAAAACUAAUACAAAAACUAAGGGUGUUUCUAGAGUGCCGUCGAAGGUCUUGUGGUAUUUUCCACCGAUACCCAGAUUUCGAAGAAUGUUUCGGACUCCAGAAAUUUGUAAAGAGCUUACUUGGCAUUCAGAUGGAAGAACUCGUGAUGGAAUAUUACGUCACCCAGCUGAUGCACCAGCUUGGAAAUUAGUGGACAACAAAUGGCCGGAUUUUGGGCAAGAGCCAAGAAACCUCAGAUUAGCUUUGGCAGCCGAUGGUAUGAAUCCACAUAGUAUGAUGAGUUCUAACUAUAGUUGCUGGCCAGUUAUCCUUGUCACGUACAAUUUACCACCUUGGUUAUGUAUGAAGAGAAAAUUCAUGAUGUUAACUCUUCUGAUUUCUGGUCCCAAGCAACCCGGGAACGAUAUUGAUGUUUACUUGGCACCUUUGAUUGAUGACUUGAAAGAUUUAUGGGAGGUAGGCGUCCAAACAUACGAUGGGUAUCGUGAUCAAAGCUUUACACUUAAAUCUGUUCUUUUAUGGACGAUUAAUGAUUUCCCUGCCUAUGGAAAUUUGAGCGGCUAUUUAGUUAAAGGAUAUAAAGGUUGUCCCAUUUGUAUGGAUAAUACUCAUUCUUUCUGGCUGCCCAAGAGUAGAAAAAUGUCAUAUAGAGGACAUAGGCAAUGGUUGCCUCUUUCCCAUCCUUACCGAAAGCAGAAAAAAGCUUUUGAUGGAGAACAACUUUUGGAUCCUGCCCCUAAACCAUUGAGUGGAACCGAGGUGUUAUAG